AUGACUUGUGUCAAAGUCAUACAGACAUCAAAAAUUGAUGCUCCCAUUGAAACUCAACUUCAGACCAAACAUGGUACUCUGGCCUCCACAGCGGGCAGAGAAGCUCAGAAUAUCACUAAUAUACUGACUACCAAGGUCUCUUCCUCUGACAUCUUGGUAUAUGCCCUGUGUAUACUUUCCACUGUCGUCCACACUCUGAUGGGCCCCUGGAUAUUUGGGGAUACCAUAUGCAAACUCAGCUCUAAUGUGCAGAGUGUCUCCACCUCUGUCCAAUACUCAGUUGUGUUAAUUGCUGUUGAAAAUUUUCAGCUGGCUGCAAACCCCUAUGGCUGGAAACACGGUGUAUUGUACCUCGUGCCUACUGGGGUUAUUACACUGAUCUGGCUGUUUCCUCUUCUACUGUCUAUGCCCUUCUUCCUGCACUACCCCACCAACGAGCCUUUCCAGAGCCUCUCUUUCCCUGGUGACCUCUACACCCACGGUGUGGCCUGCAUAGAGAUCUGGCCCACCAAAACGAAGUGGCCCAUCUUUACCACCUUCGUGUUUAUGGUCCAGUACGGUGCCCCUCUGAGCUUCAACCUCAUCUGCUACUCGAAGACUGUUACCUGCCUCCACAGGAGAAGUGAGAAGGAAAACAGCACUCGGGAAACUGAGAGCCAGCUCAAUGAGAACAAGGGGAUCAACACAAUGUUGAUCUCCACUGUAGUGACCUUGGGAGACUGCGGGCUGCCCCUGAACACCCUCUGUGUUAUUUUUGACUAACGUCAUGAGGUGCCGAUGGGCUGUCACCAUGAUCUGAUAUUUGUGAUUUGCCACUUGAUUGCUAGGAUUUCCAUAUGCAUAAAUCCUUUAUCUUAUGGUUUUCUCAACAAAAAUUUCCAGAAUGACCUAGAAGUGCUUAUUUACCAUUGCUGGUGCUUCGUACACCUCAGGACACAUAGAGAAAAUGCGGCCAUCUCCACUAUGCACAAAGCUGACUCCAAGGGAUCAUUAAGGUUGUCUCUGGCAUCAACAGGGAUAUGA